CAUGAUUAAUAACUAAUUCAUAAUUAAUUAAUGACAUUUGACUUCACUGAGUGGAUGUUAUCUUUGUGUCUCACAUCUCUGAUGAAAGUAGGGACAUCUAGUUUAAACUCUAUGCCGCCUCUACUGUAGCUCAGUUGCAUUCAUUGUAUCAGUGGACAUCAUACAGUAUCCACGAACCCGCCAUUUGGUUAAAAAAAAGACGGUUUAUAAUAACGAUGAGACACGGAGCUCAUCCAUAUUAGAAGAGUCUUUAAUGAACUCAGACCGUAAAAGACACUCCUCCCGCUCCCGGCUCCCACCGCUCCGCUCCCGUAGCCAGUCGAUGCGCGGCAGCGCGGGAGGAAAUUCAUAGCCCCAUCUUUAUCAGUAUCAGCAUCGCCUUGAAGACAAAGAGAGCGCCGCAAAUGAAGAUGUGCUCCGAUAGCAGGAGAAGCCCGUUUUAAAGUCACUAUUUCUGCAGCCGUGCCCGCCCGGAGGCAGACAGAUACCGGUCCUUGGAGACUCUUCGGGGAUGCGCAAAGAUGUGAGAGUAAAAAAGCGAGAUGCAUUGUGAUUGGCCAUACUCUUUCUAAAAGCAUCAGACACGGCGAGUCAUGUUUGCUCCAGCCAGAGCAGCAACGAGGUGGCAUCAAACUUGAAGGAGACGUGUUCUCAGUCUGCACAGUGGAUGCGUUCACAGCGUCAACGAUAAACUUGACGCAUUUCCCCUAAAGAGGCGGACGCGCUCUCCGUGGUGCUGAAACAGAAAGACUUGGCUGAUCAACUAGUGAAGAAGAGGAGGACGGCCUCACUUCGCCACCUGCUUCUGAGCUUGGUGCUAUUAGAUAGCUUCAGUAAGAACAUAUUACAUUAGUGUCUGACUGUGCCGCAUCAUGCUGUGGAUGAAGUGGAAGAUGGUGGUGGACUCCCUGCGUGGACGGAGAAGGAGGAUGCCCUGUUCCCUCUGGUUCCUCCUGCUGUUCGCUGCUGGAGGUCUGGUUCUCUUCAUCCACCUGCGGGAUCUGUCAGAGAUGGUCCAGCAUCAAGGCCCAGCAGCUGGAGAUAACUCUACUGCAACUCCUGGUUCAGGUAGAAAGAAAACCCUAACAGAUAAUGUUGCUGGCCCAUCAUCAUACCACACUCAAGUUGACACAUCUUUGUCCCCUAUGGCUGGUUCCAGUGAUACAGUUGGCGUGAAGCUUGGAAGCACUCCACGGCAGUCCAGAGAGACUCUUUCUACGCAGGACAGCGAGAGAAGCAAAUCAGACAAUUAUCAGGACCAUCAAGCAGCAGAAGGCAUCUUGUCCAGCCUGAUCCCUCCAAUGCAGUUCCCACACUUUGAGGAGAGCAGACAGAUGGCCACCACUGGGUCUCGGGAGCAGGACAUAGGUUCCCUUCAUGUCUCCAAAAGACAGCGCAAACUGCUGAAAACAAGUCCCCCAAUCAGUCAUACCAACAAUAAUGUUUCUGUGUCCUCUUCCUCUCCUUCCUCCUCAUCCUCAGUCUCCUCCUCCUCUGCCUCUGUCUCUUUUUCCCCCGAUAUCCUACAAGCACGCCGGAAACUAAUGAAGGAUGUGUGUGCUAAGUACAAAAGCAGAAUCUCCAAGACCAUCACAGGUGAUCAUGUGAAACACCUGUAUGUGGAGGACAAGCACAAGUUGUUGUACUGUCAGGUGCCCAAGGCUGGCUGUUCCAACUGGAAAAGGACCCUGAUAGUGCUGGCAGGCAAGGCCCGCAAUGCUCAGAGCCUUCAACAUGACACAGUCCACUACGGCCAGAAACUCAGGACACUUAACACCUUUGACCAUCAGGGAAUCAUGCAACGCUUGGAGACCUACACCAAAAUAAUUUUUGUGCGAGAGCCCUUGGAGAGAAUCGUGUCAGCAUACAGGGACAAGUUUGAAAAUCCCAACAACUACUACCACAACCUGUUUGGGAAACCCAUCAUUUCCAAGUACAGGGUGAACCCAUCCUUGGCAGCCCUGAAGACAGGCAAUGGGGUCACAUUCAAGGAGUUUGUCCGUUACCUUCUGGAUGUCCACCGGCCUGUGGGAAUGGACAUCCACUGGGAGCAGAUGAAUCAGCUCUGCCAUCCUUGUCUCAUAGACUAUGACUUCAUUGGCAAGUUUGAGAACAUGGAGGAAGAGUCCAACUUUCUUUUGCGAUUGACUGGGGCGCCACCCAACAUCACACUGCCCAGUUUUAAAGAUAGGAACCCAACCGACCUGAGGACUUCUCUGCAGAUCACACAAAAAUACUUUUCACAGGUCAGCCAGUCGGAGAAACAGCGAGUCUACGACUUCUACUACAUGGACUAUAUGAUGUUUAACUACUCCAAGCCUUUUAAAGAUUUAUAUUGACUGACUCCUAUCAAGACGCUUGAAUCCCAGUCACAUUCCACUACGCCUACAUCGCCACCAUAAUGAAAUAUUAACAUGAAAAGGCUCAUUCACAUGCUCACGUGAAUCUUUGCAUCUAAGCAGAGAGAUCAGAGACCAAAGUUCCUCUGAAUUUCGCAAAAGCUGCUUUUUAUGAAUACAUUUCUACCAGAUUAUCUUAAUUUUUAGACAACUCUGAGAUGAAAAGAUUCACGUGAUGUCAUAUUAAAUGCUCAAAAUAGUUCUGAAAUGCACAUGGUGAGGUAGAAUAUGAAAAUUAUAAAUGUUAUGCUUAUAAAAAAGUUUAUUAUUGUUCAACAGGCUUUAAAUUAUGCCUCACUGUGAGUCAAAUAGCAUAUGCAAAUGCAUCGUAAAAGGGGCGCCCUUUGUUGAAUCAAACCAUAAUGGGUUAAAGUUCCAAUCACAUUUCUAAAUUCAGAAGUGAUUUCAGAGACACAAUAGAGUAUCUUCGGUGAGCCCCUACCACCUACUUUCAGAAUAAUCAUACCAAAACUUUUAUGAAUUUGUUUUCAUCCUUGGUUGACCGCAGAUGGAGAAUAAGUAAUGAUCACCAUCAAGCACUGCAAUUUGUUGAUUUUUUAUUUAAAAUAUUUGCAUUUACUAUUUGACUCACAGCAGGUUAGGCAUCAGUAUACCUCUAUGUAUCAAUGCAUACUAAUACAGUAUUUCAUGUAAAUGGUUUUACUAAACAUAAACCUUAACAAAAUGAAACACUUUAAGUAGUAUAAAUCUUUAAAAUGUGUCAAGUGCUGCCCACUCAGAAGCUCUGUGCACUUACUGUAGCAUUUUUGUACUUCUAACUUUGUUGGUUAGGUCUGUGCUUUAGUCUAACACAUACAUGUGCUGUCGGUCCCCCUUCACUAGAGGUAUUUACUUGGGUGGCUGUGGUUGAAUGCAGGACAUCUAGAUACUUGCAGGGUAAUGGUGUUGUUGCCAGUAUCUCUUAAUUCCUGUUAGUGUUACUGACUUACAUACUAAUCAGUCAGUUUCUAGAGUCUGUUGACAGUGUUGGCAACCAGGUGGAUAAAAAUAACAUUGCAAAAAACUAAACAUAUGUUUAGAGUUGGUUUUGUGACAGUCUAACCAUGUAUGAUUUGGACACUUGGACUGGAUGAGAAAAAGAAAAGUGUGCCCCCAAACUUCUCCAUCUAUCACACCAAACACCCCCUCAACAGCUAUCACUUACAAAUCUCACACUGUCAGCAGCUCCGUACCCACUGUAUGUAUCACAUCUAUUCUCCACCAUCUUAUAGGCUUUUUACUGACACUACUGUGUACAAUUGUAUAAUGGGCAUUCAGAUGACUAUAUAUUUUUCUAUGUAUUUCUAAAAUAUAUAUAUUCAGUGCUUCUUGGUGAAGGUAUGUUGAUGUCAUUGAUUGUUCUUUCAGUAUUACCAGUGUAGAGUGUGUUGUGUAACAGAAGAGUUUCUUUCCAAAAGAAAAUAUCCACCAGCUGAAAAUCCCAAUUCUAAUUCUCAAGAGACGAAAUGACUGCAAAAAUCUGCAGUGUCAUAGAUGACUUAGUUUGACUGAUGAAUUGAUACCACUCGGUGCUUUGCAGGUACUGAGAGAUUUUUUAAAUAAAAAUGGAUAUAUAACAUUUUGGAAAUUAGCUCUUUAAUUACUUAUCCCUAAUCUGUUUGGUCUCUCAAUAGGAUAAUAGACCCUGUACAGAUGAGCUGCAUUAUCCACCUAGUUACCCAUCCUGACUAAUGACAUUUUUACCAACAGAACUCCACUGUGUGUGUGUGUGUGUGUGUGUGUGUGUGUGCGUGUGCGUGUGCGUGUGCGAGUGCCUGUGCGUGUGCAUGGGUGUGGUACUGAAAGAGCUGUUUAGAUGUUUUAAAAUCUAUUGACCUACAUCUUUUGAAAACAUAUUAGACACACAUUGGAGGUACAAUAUCCUGUGUACAAUAUUAUGAGACAGAUAUAUUCCUAACCCACCCACCGCUCACCUACCACUUAAGUUUAAAAAAAAUGUUUUAAGUACUAAUUGAUGCAGUUCGGACCACAUAACAAUGUGCACUUGUGGAAACUACACAGGCAAUUCUUAGGUCCUGAACACUUUUACAAUUUUUAAAGUAGGGCUCUAUUACAAUCCUUUAUAUGAUUGGACAUGAUGGAUACUGUAAAAUUUAAUAUGUGGUAAACAAACAGAACCAUUCAUCAGAUAAUCAUGUACUGUAAAUCUAAAGCUUAUACUGACUGACUGUAGACCUAAGAUAAGGUUUCUCUAAAUUAAAGUUACUACUUUACUUGCUGUAUGUUGGGUGCAAUGAAGAAGUGACUGGAUAUGAUGACUAUGACACCAAAAUAAUAGAUGCAAAUGAAUACUUGGCUACAAUCAAAGUGCGUAGCAGUUUAUCUUUUACAAGGGAAUGAUGCAAAGAUAAACUUGAGCUAUUGUGAUGCUGGGAACAACCUAUGGCUAAUCUCCUAUAAAGCAGCAGUCACUAUUCAGCUACAUGUUUUGCAGGUCACUGGGAAUGUGUUUAUGUAACAAAAUACUUUAUAAAGUAUGGGUAUGGGUUAAGGGAAAUUAAUAUUAUUUAAAUCUAUACACACUAUAAUCAAUUUUUGAAGACCUUUAACAAUUUUGGUGGUAGUACCCUUUCACGCUGACGGUAAUUGUAUGAACUUUUGUCAUUAUAGUAUGUUUGCUUUUGCAAUUCCAGAAUUUAAUCUUUGUUUAGGUUGUGGUCAGAUUCUAUGUAGGUAUAGCCAAUUUCUGGCCAAAAUAGCUAUCGCAUUAUGAUGAGUAUCACUCUUGCAAAUACUCUGUCAGUCCCUGCCCCCCCCGCCCGCCCGCUAAUAAAGUUUUCUUGGUAUGUGGGUGUAUGGACAGAUUUAUCAAAAGCGUAAUUACAGUAACAAGUGAAUGUAUAACUGUUUAUCGUUGGUGCAAAAGUGUAUAAAGUAUAUGAUCUUAAGCCCUUUGCCUUAUUUUACACUGCCAAUCAAAUGGUGUAUAUCAGGAAGACAUUCUUCAGGUGGUUAUUAUUUCUGGCUGAUGAGUGUCUACUAAUAAAUUGUCUUUAGCAUUUUCAA